AGUUGAGAGGUCGUCACACUACGGGUGUAUUUUUGCUGCAUUGACCGCGGAAUUGGUCGGUGACUUAUGAUAAAACAAAUAAAUAAAUCAGAUGCGAAGUAGCCUUUAUACACAGGAACUCUGAAGUCUGUUUACGUUGCUGUUUAUUAGCCUAAUAGCCGACGUUAGCACACUGUCAGCUAGCUUGUUAAUAUGUGGCAACCAAGGAUUUGGACUUACUGGAGCUAACGUUACUAGCAUACACGAAUAAAGCUGUGACUCCGAAGGGGAAAAAUAAUCGUAAGAUGGCUGUUUCAGUGCGAGGACUUUAUUUUAUUGUGACCCUAUUUUUGGGUAGUUUCUUUGGAAGCAUCAUCAUGCUGGGUCCAGUUUUGCCACUCAUGCUGUUGUCUCCUGCUUGGUAUCGCUGGAUCACUGAUCGAAUCGUCGCUACUUGGCUCACCCUACCUGUGUCAUUGCUGGAGCUCGUUUUUGGGGUUAAGGUGGUGAUUACAGGUGAUGGCUUUAUUCCGGGGGAGCGAAGCGUGAUCAUCAUGAACCACCGCACUCGUCUGGACUGGAUGUUUCUUUGGUGCUGCCUGCUCAGGUACAGCUACCUUCGACUGGAAAAGAUCUGCCUCAAGGCUGCACUCAAGGCUGUGCCUGGCUUCGGUUGGGCAAUGCAGGUGGCCUGCUUUGUUUUUAUUCAGCGUCGCUGGGAGGCAGACAAGAAGCAUUUGGAAAACAUGCUGGACUACUUUUGUGACAUCAGGGAGCCCCUACAGCUGCUUCUAUUCCCAGAGGGCACAGACCUCACCGAAAAUACAAGAGCAAAAAGCGAUGCAUUUGCAGAACAGAACAACCUGCCAAAGUUGGAGUAUGUGCUUCAUCCGCGCACCACCGGAUUCACCUUUAUUGUGGACAGACUUCGAAAAGGAGCCAACCUGGAUGCCGUCCAUGAUGUUACAGUGGCAUACCCCAAGAACAUCCCUCAGACAGAACGUCACCUCAUUUUGGGUCAGUUCCCCCGUGAGAUCCACUUCCACGUUCGCCGCUAUCCGGUGUCUUCACUUCCCACCUCUUCCUCUGAUCUCGAAUCUUGGUGUCAAGAGCGCUGGGCUGAGAAAGAGGUCCGUCUGCGAGACUUCUACUCAGGCCAGUCCCAAGGCUUUGAAAGGGAUGGUGUUGCACGUGUACCACCUUGUAAGUCAGAGCUGCGAGUGUCUCUGAUCAAAGCUGCCUCGCUGCUGUACUGGAGCAUCUUCAUUGCUCUGUGUUUCACCGGUCUGUGGCUCUCGACUUCUUUCAGGAUCUAUGUCCUGGUUAUGGUUGGGGUCUAUAUGGGCCAGCAAAAGCUGGUUGGAGGGCUGGAGCUGCUAGAGUUGUCUUGCCAUCAAUACUGGAAGUCCAGGGGUGCUGAUGUGGGUGAGAAGAAGAAGGUGCUAGAUGGAAAGAUGCAGUAAGCAUGAAAAACAGUUUUGACAGGGAAAAUGUUUCCACCUACAACCAGCAUGGAUGCUGAGGUAGAUCAGUUGUCUUGAUCCAGUCAGUCCAGAGGGCUAAGGACAUCCCUUUGAGGAAACCAAGGUUCCAUGCCUUAGAAAGACAGUAAUACGUGCACUUUCUGAUGGUAUGCAUGGCUUUCAGUGGAGAGCUUACCUUAUUGUCAAAGAAGAAAAUAAGAAAUGUAAAGUACAUUUUUCCUUGCUGGGUUCAAGGAAUUUAUCCCAUGUGAUGUUCCAUUCACCCUCUGUAUGUCUCUCUGUGCACAAUUGCAGUCAUUUCUCUUGCUGUCAGCUCAUUUAAUCAAUUUUAUGCUGUUUGUCUUUAUAGUUGACUGUUCAGAACCUAAACGUGGAUGUGUCAUGAAACAAUGCUGUUAGCGUUUGUUUUACUGUUUCCAUGUCUUAAAUAGCCUCUUUUUAUUGUAUAUGUUGCUGCCCUUUAUUUUAUGUUAUAAAUGGAGCAGAGCCAUAGUACAGAGGACCUGUAUAUAUGAUGACUUGACUCUAGCCAAUCUUAAAAAAACAUUAUUAGCUGAAUUACAUUUAAGGCUAUUUAAAUCACUUUUUGUUAGCAAUCUACCAAGGAAAGAAAAGGGUUGAUGUAAUGCCCAGAGAAUUUACUGAGGCGUAUACAGGUAUAAAUGAUAACGUGUGUCAUUGUUUACCUUUUUAUACUAAUUGGAGUAGGAGCUUUUUCCACUUGAUCCUUAGAGAUCGCCUGUAGUGUACAUUAGUGUGCACAUCUUAUUUGCUCAAGGUAACUUUGCACUUAAAAGCCAAAGUCAAAGACAAGAUGUUUGAAAAAAAUUUUUAAAAAACCAAACAAAUUGCAGUGUCUAUUUUCAGGAAGGGAUUGUUUCAUACACUACAAGCAAAGGGGGUCUGUACCUUUAAUGAGGCAAAUCUUGCAGUAAUAUCAAAGGUCUAAGUUAGAUUGUAGAUCCGAAUAGUUCUGAAAGCAGAUGCGCUUUGUUCCCUUUUUGGGAAUGAAUGCCUUGUAAUAGCAGGGUGUGGGUGGUGCUGGGUGGAAGAAUGUCCUGUUGGGACAACAUUACCCCUCGGUGUUCAGGGGGGGCACAGAGAACCAGACUUGGAGUGGAAAACUGGCCCUGAAGUCAACCUAAUCCUAAAAAGCCCUGUAAUGCCCACCUCUGCCUGUGUUCCUCUCUAGAGGACUGCCACUAAACUCAAUUAACGAGGGACAGCUGGGAAAGCCACUCCAAUUGUCCCAAAAAAGGACAGAAAUUGAAACAAGUUUGAAGCAGAGCUUCAGCUGCACUAUGAGUUAACCACCGACCUCCCUCAUCAUUGCUCCUAGUACCAUUUCACACCACAUUUAUCUUGUAAUAAAGGAACAGUUGUCUUAGUUAAAAUAUAGCAGUUUCUGUAACACUGUGCAAUGUGUGAUGUAGCUGACCACUUCAGCCUGAUUUAGUGAGGCAAGUCUGUCACAGACCACUGUACAACAAAAGUGUCUUUUUGUGUUUAUGCAAAUCUGGAGCUCUAAAUGUAAAAGAGCUGAUUCCAGUCACUGUGAUGCAACUGUGUUCAUUUUAUCAUCAGCAUGUAGUAGUUUACCAAACAUGGUACUCUGUUUUUUUGAAACAGCCAAAAUCUCCAUGUAUUUGUCAUUCUUUUGUGUGUUUUGAGUUGCGUAAUUUCUUUUUUUUUUUAUUGACUCGCUGAUGCUGGACCUCUUUAAAGUCAUUGUCCUCAGGUAAACACAGUGGACACUUGCAAGUAAAUCUCUUAAAAGAAGAGAUAUAUAUAUCUGAAUAAAUCUAUAAUACCUUAUAAAA